AUGCCGCGGCGCGCCAGGCCGGGGUCCUCCAGCGCGCCGACGACGGUCGCGUCGAUGGGGUCCUGGUUCUCGGUGCGCGACGCUCGCGCCGCGUGCAGGAUCACGUCGCCGGCGUCCAUCCCCGGCGCGAAGACCUCGACCAACUUCCGGUCGAUGAUGAGCUUGUUCAGCGUCAGCGUGCCCGCUUCGUCGCUGCAGAGGAUGUCCAUUCCGGCCAGCUCCUCGAUGGUUGUCAUGCGCUUGGUGAUGGCGUCCUGCGCCGCGAGGCGGCGCGCCCCGAUGGCCAUCGUGACGAAGAGCACGGUGGGCAUGGCGAUCGGGAUGCCUCCGAUGAGCAGCACGAGCAGAUUGUCGAUGCCAUCAUGGUAG